CCCAUUUUAUUUUUCAUUUGGUCUGAUAUUUGCCCUUUUGCCGCUGGGUUCAAUCUGGAGCAGCAAGUGGUGGUUACCGGAGGACGCGAACAGAAAAAAUAGUGGUCCGGUUGCUAUGACAACGAUUCAAUCACCGCUCGUCGGAUCAUUAACACCCUACAAAAAGAGGAUUUACACAGUCACCAACAGGCUACCGGAAGCCGAUCAUCCCAUUUACGCCGUCGUUUUCAACUUCAUCAACUCUCGUUAUUACGACUUCUUCGCCACUGUUGGUGGUAAUCGCGUUACUGUAUACAAAUGCCUUGAAGGUGGCAUGAUUGAUGUACUUCGGUCCUACAUUGACGAUGAUGAAGAUGAAUCUUUCUACACUGUUUGUUGGGCUUCUGAUGCCGACGGAACACCAUUGCUGGUAGCUGGAGGAAUCAAUGGUAUAAUUCGUGUCAUUGAUGCUCGCAAUGAGAAUAUACACAAGAAUUUGGUUGGUCACGGGAACUCGAUAAAUGAAGUUAGAACAAAAACACUAAACCCUUCUCUAGUACUUUCUGCAAGCAAAGACGAAUCUGUUCGCUUGUGGAAUGUACAAACUGGAAUAUGCAUUUUGAUAUUUGCUGGUGCAGGUGGUCACCGCAAUGAAGUGUUAAGUGUGGAUUUCCAUCCUUCAGAUGUAUAUCGUCUUGCCAGUUGUGGUAUGGAUGGCACCGUAAAGAUCUGGUCUAUGAAAGAGUUUAGGAAGCAUGUUGAGAGGUCUUUUACUUGGGAGGGACUUCCUUCAGCAUUUCCUACAAAACGUGUGCAGUUCCCGGUAUUGAUUGCUUCAAUCCAUACAAAUUAUGUUGACUGCAAUAGGUGGCUUGGCGAUUUCAUACUAUCUAAGAGUGUUGAUAACGAGUUCAUACUGUGGGAACCAAAGAUUAAAGAACAGUCUCCAGGAGAGGCCACGGUAGAUAUCCUUCAGAAAUAUCCGGUCCCUGAUUGCGACAUUUGGUUUAUGAAGCUUUCCUGUGACUUUCAUUACAAGGCAGCAGCUAUAGGGAACAGGGUAGGGAAAAUCUAUGUAUGGGAUUUGCAGACCAGCCCGCCUUCUCUAAUUGCAAGGUUAUCUCAUGCUCAAUCCAAAUUUCCCAUCAGGCAAACUGCUAUGUCAUUUGAUGGAAGCACGAUACUCGGCUGCUGUGAAGAUGGCACCAUCUGGCGGUGGGAUACCGUGUAGAGUUAUAGUUGAUAGCAAGUGACUCUUUAUAGCUAGAUGUUCAUUUUCAUACUUUAUUGAUGUCCAUUUGUUUUUUUAAAGGGAUCCGGGAAGGUGACAUACUCAUCAGUAUAUUCUUGUUACAUUCAUUUCAUAUAACUUACUAAUUACAGAAAUCUCGGGUGGAAGGAUCAAAACUAUUAA